AUGUGGGACGCUGCUGACAGUAGUGAGCAAGCACUUAUUGUGGGUUGCGACAGAAAACCCUUCGGAACAACCUUUUGGAACGUCUGGCAACGCAAACUCUCAACAAUGGCGUCGUUUUCUCGUGCGAAUCGUCAGCUAGCUGCCAUCGUCGCGGCGUGCCUCGUCAGCACCUUCUGCCUCCAUGUGGACUCUCUGCGCCUCCCGCUCUCCACGAAGAUUAACAGCGACGAUCAGAAGGUUCUUCAGGAUUUGGUGGGCGCGUGGGGCGACUUCACGGGGUCGAGCACGUGGAAGGACUCUGGCAAGAAGUGCGACCACUACGUGGGCAUUGAGUGUGCCGACAACGGCUAUGUCAUCAACAUGACGAUCGCGGACGCGGGCGCGUCGGGAGCCAUCGGCGUGCUGACGAAGCUGCAGAGCCUCAAGUACCUUGACCUCUCUGGCAACGACAUCACCGGUUCCGCCGCCUCGCUUUCCAAAAUUGGCUCCCUCUCCUACAUCGAUGUGUCGGGCAACAACAACCUGAACACGGGGUUCUCAUCACUCACUAACCUCGAAAAGCUGAAACACCUGGACAUUGCCGACACCGGCUACGAGGGCUCCAUUUCGACCUUUGUCUCCAAGCUCACAGACCUCACUCACCUCGACAUGAGCUCCAACUCCCUCUCAGGCUCCAUCCCCAACUACAUCAGCACUCUCAAGAAGCUCGAGUACCUUGGGCUGUCAGCGUCGGGGGAGGAUGGGCUCAAGGGCACCCUGCCGUCCGGCCUGGGCAAGCUCACCCGCCUCAACGAGCUCUACCUGCAUCGCAACGGUCUGAGCGGCCCUGUCAGUGUGCUCACCUCCCUCACCAAACUCAACCGCCUGCUGUUGGGAGAUAACAACUUCAACGGCUCAUUUCCUCAGGGCUUCUCCAAUCUCAAGAGCCUCAACUACCUGAGCAUGCGUUACAAUGCCUUUGAAGGCCGCAUCCCCAACGUCAUCAGCACUCUCAAAAAACUCACUUACCUGUCACUGUACAACAACCGCUUCAAGGGCAUCAUCCCGCGCACCAUCACCUCUCUCACCAAGCUCAGCAACCUCCUUCUGCAGGACAACUACCUCGAUGGUUACGUGCCCUCCCUCUCAUCCCUCAAGAAGCUCACCGAAGUGGACCUGAGUGCCAACUAUUUCACCGGGCCUCCUCCCAGCUUCUACAAGGCCCCCUCCACUCUCAACCUCGACGACAACUACUUCUUUGGUUCUUCCCUGCCCAAGGACAAGGACGGGAACAUCAUUUGCGCGGCAUCUCUCGCCAAGAACUGCCUCACCAUUUCUUCCUCAGGGGACAAUUCCCUGUCUGACGAUUGCUGCUCUACUAAGUCAUCUCAGAGGACUGCCGCUGCGUGCAACAAGUUCUGCGGCACUUCCGGGAACAUGCAGUGCGGUGGCAUCCGCAUUGGCAUCUGCUACCCAUCGGAUAAGGUUGUGGAGACCAGCGGGAGUGUCUCUUCGCGAGCGCCAGUGUGCGCGUCUCUCGCGCCUUCCUAUGAAGAUUCGGCGCGGAUGAACGGCCGGCCGCCACGGCCCACUGGCGGAGCGCAAGAAUAUGUAGAUACUGUCGACAAUGGCGGCGCCGCUGUUGUGAGCAGCCACUCGGAAUGGAACACGCAAACGGGAGGCGCGGUGGUUAAUAUGGCGGAUAGCUUCACAGGCGCGUCGAUAAAAGUGAUUGGCGUCGGCGGUGGCGGGUCGAACGCGGUGAACAGAAUGAUUCAGAUGGGAAUGCGCGGUGUCGAGCCGUUCGUCGUCAACACUGACGGCCAGGCGCUAGAGCUGUCGCCGGUGGGGCGGGGAAACCGGCUGCAGAUCGGAGUGGAGUUGACGCGCGGGCUGGGCGCGGGCGGUAACCCGAUGAUCGGGCAGCACGCGGCGGAGGAGAGCCGGCUGAUGCUGCAGGCCGCGCUCGCUGGCGCGGAUAUGGUGUUUGUGACGGCGGGGAUGGGCGGCGGAACGGGCAGCGGCGCAGCGCCGGUGGUGGCGGAGGUCGCGCGGAGCCUCGGGAUCCUCACCGUGGGCAUCGUGACUCUGCCGUUCUCGUUCGAGGGGCAGCGGCGCGCGGCGCAGGCGGUGCGCGCGCUGGAGGAGCUGCGCGGCGCGGUGGACACGCUGAUCGUGAUCCCGAACGACAAGCUGCUGAGCGCCGUGGACGCCAGCACGCCCGUCAAUGAGGCGUUCGUCAUGGCGGACGACGUGCUGAGGCAGGGCGUCAGAGGCAUCUCCGACAUCGUGCAGGUGCCGGGGCUGGUGAAUGUGGACUUCGCGGAUGUGAGGGCGGUCAUGGCCAACGCGGGUUCCUCGCUCAUGGGCAUCGGGAUUGCAUCAGGCAAGGGCAGGGCAAAGCAAGCAGCGCAGGCGGCCAUCCAGUCACCGCUGCUGGACGUGGGCAUAGACCAGGCAACAGGCAUCGUGUGGAACAUCACAGGGCCUUCCGACAUGACUCUGCUCGAGGUGAAUGAGGCAGCGGAGGAGAUUCAUCGCCUUGUGCAUCCAGAUGCCAACCUCAUCUUCGGGGCUGUUGUUGAUGACUCGCUUGGAGCUGAUCUGAGCAUCACUCUCAUUGCCACGGGCCUGCGGGAUCAGGGCGCUCAGGUUCCUCAGGCAUCUCGUGUGGUGGGGAACAAAGCAUCCCCUGUACACCGCGCCGCCUUUGCGUACGACUGGAGCGCUUUUAUCCUCCCGAACCAAAGGCUGCCAAAUCUUGCUCCUUUCCCCUCAUCGUCUCUGCGCUCGUCUUCCGCGUACUCGCUCUCGUCGCCACUCCGUGCAUCGCGCCGCGUUUCCCGUCUGUCUCGCAGUCUUCUAGCGCCCGUGGCGCGGAGAGACGACGUGUCGGCGGCGGAAUCGGCGACGGCGCAGCGGAACACUGUAGCUGGCAGCGCGCGCUCUCAAGGAGCGCUGAUAGGCGGAAGGGGUGACAUUUCAAGCGGAGGAAGUAGUAUCGGAAGAGAGGCCAGUAUUCCGCGCGGGAGCGCAAGCGGAGCGGGAAGAGCAGGGGAAGUUCUACGAGGGGGGAACGCGGGGUCUAGAGGGAACGCGGGGGCACCAAGGGGCGCAGGUGAAGCCGCGAGGGGCGGAGGGGAGGUUGGGAGGCGCGCAGGAAGCGGUGGUGCGCGGGCAGGCGGAGGGGAGAGCGGCGGAGAGAUUGAUGGGCGGGGCCGGGGGAAGGGGCGGGCGGUGCGGCUACUGUCGGAUCUGUGUCUGCUGCAUGACCUGAGCCUGGGCGACAGUGGGCCUGAAGUUGCUGACGUGCAGGUGGGCGGGGGGUAG